AUGCUGAAAUUUAAGUGGAUUGCAGUUUUACUCUACACCUUCAGUUGGAUCUCUUCCAUAGUCACACAGUUUUAUGCUGUGGAGGUUCAGGCUGGUGAAGAAGUCACACUGGAGUGCUCCAACUUUAGCAGACAUCCUGGUCACAUAUCCUGGUUCAAAAUGACCAACAGACCCAACGCUAGCAGGAUCUCGUCUAUGGUCAGUGCUGAAAGAAAUGCUUCUCUCCAAGAUGGUCUUCAAGCUGACAAAUUUAACAUGACGUCCAACACCUCUGUGCUGUUUCUAAUGAUCAAACACCUGGAUUUAUCUGACUCUGGCUUGUAUUUCUGUGGAGAGUACAAAGAUGAAAAGACGGUAAUUUCAAGUGGAACAUAUUUAAAGGUGCAAGAUGUGUUUGAUGGAUUAACAAAUGUGAUGCCGGUGAUGCUGGGCAGUUUAAUUGUUCUCCUUCUACUGGUCAUCAUUGGUCUGGCUGUCCAAAUUAGGAAAUUUCAUUCAGCUCAAGAUGAUGGACAGAAUCCACAACAGAGUGAGAAUGUGGAUACUGAUGACAUGAACUAUGCAGCACUGAAUUUCCAUCCCAAAGCUAAAAUCAGAAGGCCUGUACCACAGAGUGAGCUGGACACAAAUGUGGUGUAUGCUUCUACAAAACACUUGAAAAACAACAGGAACAUCAGCAAAGAGUGA